AUGGUUUCUACAGAAGCUGCUCGAAUGGCCGUUGGUGUUCUAGGAAACAUUAUCUCACUUUUCUUGUUCUUGUCCCCAGUGCCAACUUUUGUUCAAAUAUGGAAGAAAGGGUCAGUGGAGCAUUACUCACCAGUACCAUACCUUGCAGCCCUAGUCAAUUGCUUGGUCUGGACCUUGUACGGCAUGCCCAUGGUGCACCCCCACAGCACCCUGGUGCUGACCAUCAACAGCUCCGGGACCACCAUUGAGCUCACGUACAUAGUUCUGUUCUUCAUCUUCUCCAAUAGGAAAAUGAGGCUCGGAGUUUUGCUGGGCCUACUUGUUGAAUUGAUAUUCACCGGCGUUCUCACAACUUUGGUUUUAACCCUAACCCAUUCGCAUAAGGAGCGGUCUUUGAUUGUAGGCAUCAUAUGCAUUUUGUUCAACGUCAUGAUGUAUGCUUCCCCAUUGGUUGUAAUGAAAUUGGUGCUUACCACAAGAAGUGUGGAGUAUAUGCCUUUUUCCCUCUCCUUCAUUUCCUUUGUCAAUGGUCUUAUCUGGAGUACUUAUGGUCUUAUUCAAUUUGACCCCUUCGUCCUUGCACCCAAUGUGGUGGGAACAAUGUUUGGGCUGGCCCAAUUGAUUCUCUAUGCCACUUUCUACACAUCAACAAAGCGACAGAUUGCAGAAAGGAAGGACAAAGCUGGCCAGGUGGAUCUGUUAGAGCUGGUUGUGGAUGGAGAAGACACUAAGAAGGUUGGCAGUGCAUCUUAG